AUGUCGUCUGAUACAACUUCAAACGUACAUCAAGACCUUUCUUAUGUUUCGACACCAAAUUUACUACAAAAACUUGAUUUAUAUCUUCCUCCACAUUCAAUACCAGCAACAACUGAAACAGUGUAUUAUCCUCCUGUAGUAGUUUUCAUUCAUGGAGGUGCUUGGCGUACUGGUGAUAAGAAUCAAUUCAUAAAAUUAGGUCAAGGAUUAUCACAUUUAGGGAAUUGCGCUGUUGCAAUCGUAAAUUAUCGUCUUACAACAAAAGAUACACCCGAAAUAAAAAAUCCUUUACAUGUAAAAGAUGUAGCAUCGGCAAUCUCUUGGAUAUCUUUAAAUGCAAACAAAUAUGGAUAUCGUGAUGAUAGAAUAUACCUCGUUGGUAAUAGCGUAGGAGCUUUCAUUUCUGGCCAACUUAUAUUAGAUCCUGAAUAUCUUAACUCUCAUGAUCCUAACCUUUUAGCAAAAAUUCGUGGUGUCAUUGGUAUUGAAGGAAUUUAUGAUCUCGUGAAUUUAUUAAAAUCUUAUCCCAAAUAUAUCGAAUUUGUUAAACCAGCUUUUGGCGCUGAUGAAAUUAUUUUAAAAUCUGUUUCACCACAAUAUAUUAACAUUAAUUCAAAGAUUCCUCCCUAUCUGAUAAUUCAUAGUUUAGAAGAUGAACUUGUUGGUAUUGAUCAAUCAAAUAAUUAUUUUGAACAUAUUAAAGAUUCUGGUGCCGAAAUUGUCGAAAUUGAAACUUCUUUAAAAGGAAAACAUGAAGAAAUCGUACAAACCGAUGAAUUGAUCCAAAGAAUAGUUGAAUUUAUAGUAAUUCAAGAAUCUAAAGAAGCGGGUUGGAGUCAAUUUGUUGAAAGUGCGAUGAAAGCAAUUAAUUUUCCAAUAUUUUAA